CUGUGACCUCCUCAGGCUUUGAAAGAUGAAGAAACAAAGAUGGCAGCAUCUCAGGUCUUCAGGGAAAUGCAAGUGUAAGUGUCAUUCAGCAGAGCUGCACUUGGUGGCUGAACACGGUGAAAACGAAGUGAUGGCGACUCUUUCAUUUCUGCUCACUCUCAUUUUCCUCUUCACAUCAACAGCAGGUGCACAGCAGCUGGGACAUAAGGCGAUAUGGGUCCGGCCAGGUGAAAUGGCGGCGCUGCAUUGCCCUUGUGACUUUAAUCAUAAUGGUGAUGCCACACACGUCUGGACCAGUCUUACCAAGCGGGAGAUGGAUCUGACCAACGUGUCCUCUGCUGAGCAGAUGGGCGUGCUGGUUCUCGGUAUGAGCCUCGUUAUUCUCCGUGCAUCUGGAAAUCAUCAGGGGAACUACUCGUGCUCUCUGGGGAAUUCCAGCUGCCAGUCCUGGUUCACAGUGACAGUGAGCACAGCACAGCCCAGAGGUCAUAGCCAGAAAUGUAACGCACAACAGUCCUGCAUACUGAAAUGCCCUGAUGAAAACAGUCCCAGAGCAAAUAUGACCAGCAACGGCAUCAAAUGGCACAAGGAGGGUGAGUCAUCGCUAAAAGACGUUAACUUUCCAAGUGUGGGAAAGAACCAGAGUGGUGUUUACACCUGUACCAGAUCUUUCCUGUACAAAAGUCAUGUGUACAAUAUGACCUCUACAUUUGAACUUCAUGUCGAACCAACGAAAAAGAUGAAAACCGCAGUGAUCACUUCCCCGCGCCAUGAGGAUGUAUUUUAUGUAGAUUUGGGCUCAACAAAGGUGAUAGAUUGUGAAGCUGUGACCUCCUUAGACUUUGAUGAUUUGUUCUGGUUGAAUGAGAAAUCGUCAAAUACCAAACGGGUUAAUAAUGGUGAACAAAUAAAGAUGACAGCAUCUCUGGUCUUCGGAAAAGUGUCGGACGAGGAUCUUUCAAAAAAUUACACCUGUAAACUGCAAUCUGCGUACCAGAGCUCAAGCAUCGUCACCAUUACUCUCAGAAAAGCUCCCCGUUCUUACACGCCACUGACUCUCAGCACUGUGGGCCUCAUGGUCGUGAUGAUGUUGACGGUAUUCGUCUGCGUGAUGUUUAAAAUUGAAAUCACUCUUUUCUUAAGAGACACUCUUGGCUGCCAUAGACGUACCUCAGAUGGAAAAUGCUACGAUGCUUUCAUGAUGUGUUAUAAGAGCGACGCGGAUGUAGGACUAAACGCUCAGGACAGAAAAUGGCUGGAGAGUGUUUUGGAGGAGAGGUUUGGUUACAGUCUCUGUCUUUAUGAUCGUGACGUCUUACCAGGGAAACCUGUAGCGGAGGCCGUGAUUGAAUGCAUAGAGGAGAGCCGGACGGUGGUUCUGGUUCCCACCUCUCCAGAUCCUGGUCUGGGGUCCGGCCUGCUGACUGCCAUCCAUGCUUCUCUUGUGGAGCGGCAGACUCGCUUGAUUUUCAUCUCAACUGAGACAACAAAAGGGUCGAUGCCAGGUUCCCUACCUGAGGCCCUGCAACUUCUCAAUGAGGCUGGAGACUGCGUCACCUGGAAGGGCCCUAGCUCCAUGUCGUUGUCGUCCUCCUUCUGGAAACAGCUACGCUAUUAUUUACCUCCCUGCCGGCCUAAAGUCAAGUGUCUACCACUGAAAAUCUAG